AUUUGUUAAAGUUCACCAAAUUUGCAUGAAAAAGUAGUUUGAGUCCUGUUCAUUCUGCAAGACUUUUACUCUGUUAGUCUGUUUUACUGCCACUGCAGUGGAAUCACUUUCAUUGUUCGCUUCCAUUUGCACUCGCGUCCUAAAAAACAAAGUCGUGUUUGAUUCAGAGCUCAGUCGAUCGUGAACUGACCACACUCCUGUUUUUUUUUGUCUGUAGUUUGUAUGAGGCUGAAGCAGCAGAAUCAAGGUGGCCAACAGCUCUUCAGUCCCACCCGGACAUACGGGAGGCGACACUGUCGCAGGACAUCGGGCGUCGCUCUGUGUUCAGACGAUGACUGGGGAUCUAAAUGCCCGUCUGGCUGCCGGCUCCAGGGUCUGAUCUCACAAAUGGAGAGCAAGGUGGAGAGGAAACUGCAGGCGGUGUGCAAGAGAGCAACGCUGUACGAAGACGCGGCUGAGAAGUCCGUGACGGUGAUGAAACGCGUCUACGGCGCCACCAGGAGAGUCUUCAUCAACAGACACGAGUCGGAACUGAAGUUCGUGGAACUCGCCGAGAGAUUGGCCAGGAACCUGACGUCGCUACGGAAACGGUCGUCAAGACUGUCGCUGCAACUGGGGGAACUGCGCGGAAAUGUCCAGACACAACUGGAGGACUUGUAUCGGAUGGAGGUGGACAUCGACAUCAAGCUGCGAGCGUGCUCCGGCUCGUGUCGGGUGGCGUUACCGUUCAGCGUCGAUCAUCUCGGCUACCGAACGCUCCACGCCGACACGGAGCGGAUGGAAACGAAAAGGAAGGCGGCUGCGCCUCCUGAAGACAUCCCACGUGUCACGCUGCAGCCUGUGGACGUGGAGCCGGUGCUGUCCUCAGAGUAUCAGACCAUCCCUACGGUCCAGAGAGAAGCGCUGACCCAGUUCGAGGACAUCGUCCAGAACCGGGUGGUCUUGGAGCCCGUGGGUCCUGCAGAGCUGGACUGAAGCAGGUUUGACCGCUCACAGUGGAAGUGAAGGACGGUGUUGUAACGUGGUUUAGAGGGAACGUUCAAAUAAACGCUGUGAAAGUUUGGACGGUAUACCACUGUUUUUGUCAAAUUUUGGACGACAUGCUACACUAUGACUUUAUCCUAAAAUUUUGGACAACAUGCAAUAUCAUGACUGUUAUCGUAAGAUUUUGGAAGACAUGCUGUACUGUGACUAUUUUCGGGAAGUUUUGGACGGCAUUUUUCCGUGGCAUUUUUUGUAAAAAUUUUGGACAACAUGCUAUAAUAUGACUUUGUUAUGCUUUGUUGGAUACUAUGAUACUAUGAUACUAUGAUACAUGAUACUAUUCCAUGACGGUUUGAUGGUAUUUUGGACGACAUGCUAUACUAUGACUACAAAGUUAUUAAUUUUAAUAUAAUUUGCCUUUACUGUGCUGUAACUAACUCACUUUUGAACUUCAGACCAAAAAUAAUAAUGCUUGAAAGACCUCAAACUCUAUUUACACCCUUUUUGGAUGACUUUGAAGACUGUAAAUAUAAUAAUCUAUACAUUCAUCAUUUUCUGGAAUUGUUGGUUCUGCAUGUUGUUAAAAGUUCUUAUCACUUGUAUUCAAUAUCUAGACAUAUUUAAUAAUGAUGAUGUGUGGCAAACACACUCCCAUUUUUUCUUUUCUUUUUCUUAUUUAUGUCACAGAAGAAUGAUUUUAAGCACCAUGCACAGCCAUUUGUGUAAAUAUUUAACUCACUGCAUGUUCUCUCAUAUUUUGUCAUUUUAA